GAUUAUGUUUAUAGGAAAGGGGCGAAAUUAGUGACAGAGCCAGAGGGUACCGGGUUGAGCAAUACUUGUGUGUUCGAGAAAUAAGGGGUGAAUUUGACAGAGUUUGAACAAAGCUUCAGAAUGGCUACUGAACAAGAUUCAGAUGCUCAAAAGAAGCUAGCCAGGGACUUAUGGCAGGCUGUAGACAAUAAUGACGUUACCAAAGUUAGGUCCCUGUUGGGACAGGGGGCAGACCCCAACCACCAGCUCUACUGGAGUGACGAGUGGGCGGUUAAGCCUCCAUUACACAAGGCUUGCUGGAAGGGCUACCUUGAGAUUGUGAAGACACUUGUUACUCAUGGAGCUCGUACUGAUAAAGGUGAUAGGAUUGACAUGACUCCACUUCACUGGGCAUGCUGGGGAGGUCAUAAAGAGGUGGUGCAGUACUUGAAGGAGGUCGGGUGUAGCACUGAUGUGAGGGAUAAUUAUAACAUGACUCCUCUUCACUGGGCUUGUGUGAGAGGAAGUAAAGACCUAGUACAGUAUCUGGUGGAGGAGCUAAAGAUGGAUGUUGAUGUGAGGAACAGGUGGGGCCUAACACCACUGCACGAGGCUUGUGAGAGAGGACAUAUACAACUAGUGAAAUACCUAGUUGAGGAGGGCAAGUGUGAUGUUGAUGUGACUGAUAAUGGUGGCGAGACUCCUCUUGACAGUGCAGUACGGUAUGGUCGCACUGAAGUUGCUGACUAUCUCAAGUCUGUAGUCUCCACUCCUGAACCAGAUACUCCAAAUAGUUCCGAACAACUUCCUUCCACUUCUUCAAAGGAUGAUCCUAACCUAACCUCAUCAAAUCUUCUAGUCUCAGGACACCGCAAAAGAUUAUUGGGUUCAGGUGAAGAAGUUGAAACUCUGUUAAAGCGUCCAAAGAGUGAUGUCACUGUACAAGAACGUAUCUCUAUAGUUCAACCACAUGAGACGAUAGUGACAGCGACCGCAGCUCAGUUAAGUCAAGAGUGCUCGAAUGAAGCUCUUCUCCAGUUGUCUACUGAGAUUGCUGGCUAUGACACAUACAAGCACAGGCUGGGCCUCAGUGAUGCUGAGAUUGGUGCUAUCGAUCAGAUCAUUGUUAAUAUCCCUGGGAGAUUUCACGCUGCUCUAAAGAAGUGGAAGAGUAAAAGCAUCAUUCUUGACAAUCCAUCCAAUUCAACAGCUACUUACGAUCGGUUAGUGGAAAUUGCUACAAAAAAUGAGGACGGAAAGGCAGUUCGCAGCAUUCACAAGGCCUGUGUGGAGCAUACCAUUCAACCACAUGAGACGAUAGUGAUAGCGACUGCCGCUCAGUUGAGUAGUGAGUGCUCGGAUGAAGCUCUUCUCCAGUUGUCUACUGAGAUUGCUGGCUAUGACAGAUACAAGCUCAGGCUGGGCCUCAGUGAUGCUGAGAUUGACGCUAUCGAUAAGUGUCCUUCCAUGGUUGAUAAUAUCCCAGGAAAAUUUCUCGCUGCUCUGAAGAUGUGGAAGAGUAAAAGUAUUCUCGAAAUGUAUCCACCAGCUACUUACAGUCGAUUAGUGGAGAUUGCUACAAAGAUUGAGGAUGGAGAGGCAGUUCGCAGCAUUCACAAGGCCUGUGUGGAGCAUGCCAAUCCUCUAGAGCGCAAAAGAUUAUUGGGAUCAGGUGAAGAAGUUGAAACUCUGUCAAACCGUCUAAAACAAGGAGAAUCUCUUGUGGAAAUCACUAACAAAUCUAUGAAGUUUAGCAAUUUUGGAAUUAAGAUUUCUGUCCUGGAAAAUUCGCUACCUGAAGGUAUCGAUACGUGUGUCUUACACAUAUCCUUUGAGUUAUCCACUAACUUUGAGACUCCCGCUAACUCUGAACUAGUCAGUUCAAUUUAUCAUAUGAAAUGUGAGCCCAAAGUGCAGUUUAAGAAGCCUCUCACCUUGGAAAUACAACACUGUGCGAGUUUAAACUCUGGCCAUCAACAAAGGCCUGUCUUUGCUCGAGCAACAGAUCAAAGUAAAAAGUUUGAGAUCCUGGAGGGUGGACACUUUCCUAUUGGUGAACGCUAUGGAUCCAUCCAGCUUACUCGUUUCUGUUGGUUUAGCAUUUUAAUUCGUAAAGUAUUUGGCAUUCCAACUGAGAAGAUGUACAGUGCAUUGCUGUUCAGAAAGAACUUGGCCCGUGACAUAAUUGACGUGAAAUGUGUGGUAUGUCAGGAUCUAGCAACUCAUGUACAGGUAAUUCGAGAGGAGCUAGAAGAAAAAGAUAGAUUUACAAAAGAAAUGGAUCUUGAUGAAAUUCAAUUUGAAAAUGCAGUGAAGAUGGAGCUGCCUUCAGAGAACCCUGAGCUUUGGACUGUUGAUAGAGUAUCAUCCACUCUGUCCAGAGAUCGAAUUGAGCGAUACUCAAAAGAGUUGGAUUCUAAUAGACGACCUGGAGUUGUUCCAGCCAUCCAUUGUAGAUUUAACCUGAAGGCAAUGUUUUGUUCUGAAUCAGUAAACUUUUUGCUGAUGAAAACCGAUUUAGAUGAAGAGAGCCAUCAUUUGACCCUACGUAUUUCCUUACCCCGCACUCUGGGAAGGAGUGACUCAACCACACAGAGAGGAUCAUCACAAGAGGAACAUCCUAGCAGAAAUCAAAGAGGAGACACUGCACAACGGUCGUCCAUUGUUCUGACUAGAGAUGAUAUUCUAACAAUUUGUGAAGGUCUCAAGAAUGCCAGCAAAGACUGGUUCGAUUUAGGGUUGGCUCUCGGAGUGAAGAAUAAUGAUUUGGAAAACAUUGAAGAUGAUUACCGCCAUAACAAACGCCGCCUAAUGAAGAUGGUAACCAAGCGUCUUGAAGUCACUGAUCCAGAGCAUCCGAUGACAUGGCCUUACAUAUGUGAAUGUCUAAGGAGGCCUACUGUUGAGCGUAACGAUGUAGCCGAGGAAAUUGAAGACAAAUACUGGAGUUGCUUGAAAGGGACGAAUAAAGAUGUCAAGUAAAGAAGCAUGCAAGAAUGUCAAGUAAAGAACUAACUCUGUGUUGACUAUAAGUACUGACUAUUAUAAUGCUCUGUGUUCUGUGUUUGAUUAUACCACCUUCUAUUUUAUAAAAUUUCAUUUCCAGCUUUC